UUUUCUCGUGUUUGAUGUGUGAUUCUCUUUGCGGGUUUUGAUUUUCUCAGUUUUUUUUCUCCUUUUGCAUCGUUCCUUUGUGUUUCUCCACUAGAUGAUCUAUUAGAUUUCUUGGUUUUAAUAUCUGGAUCUCCUUCCUUUCAAAAUCACCAACUCCUUCUCUUUCUAUCUCUCUAUCUAUAUGGAAAAGUAGAGGGUAGAUCUCAUAAGAUUUUCAUAGACAUUCCGAUCAAUUUCGGGGGUGCAUUAAUUAUUCGAAUUUGAUUUAGUAAACAAAGAAAUUUACAAGGAAGGAAAGAUCAACCAAUUAUUAUCUUUUCCUUCAUUUUCUUCAGUUCUGAUGUUUAUUCACAACAGGAAUCAGCUACCAAGGAACGAAAGAUUUGGAGAAAGAAUCAGUACAAGAGAAGAUGACGAUGAAGAAAAAGACAACGCAGAUGAUCCUUCUGUUGAGGUAGGCACUCGUAGGCCUAGAGGACGGCCUCCCGGAUCCAAGAACAAACCUAAACCGCCUAUAUAUGUAACUCAGGAUAGCCCUAACGCGCUUCGCAGCCAUGUAAUGGAGGUAGCUGGUGGCACUGAUGUCGCAGAAAGCAUAGCCCAGUUUGCCAGAAGGCGUCAACGCGGCGUGUGUGUGCUAAGUGGUAGUGGCUUAGUAGCCAACGUGACCAUAAGACAGCCGGCUGCACCUAGUGCUGCUGUGGUUCUUCAAGGGAGGUUUGAAAUUUUGUCCUUAAAUGGGGCUUUCCUCCCUGGUCCUACCCCUCCGGGUGCGACUGGACUCACGGUGUAUUUAGCCGGUGGUCAGGGGCAGGUGGUGGGCGGGAGUGUAAUAGGGCCACUUGUUGCAGCCGGGCCUGUUAUGGUCAUUGCUGCCACUUUUUCUAAUGCGACAUAUGAAAGAUUGCCUCUGGAAGAAGAAGAUGAUGAAGCUGAAGGAUCCAGCCGGGCUCAGGUACCUGGAAUUGGAUCUAGUGGAGGGCAACAUCAGCAUGGGAUACCCGAUCCUUCAUCACUGUCAAUUUACAAUUUAAAUCCGAAUUUGUUACCAAACGGUGGCCAAUUGAAUCCUGAUGUAUAUGCUUGGCCGGCACCAUCCCGGCCUCCCUAUUGAUCCAGUAGAUUAUCAAAGUGAAAGUCAAGAUCACCUUUGUUUCUGAUUCAUGAAAGAUCAGACAACAAGAACAAGAAGGAGGCUAUCAGAAAAAGGGAAAUAAGAGACUGUAAAUUGAAGAAUCAUAUACUCUAUGUAGUAUUAAUUACGUAUGAGAUUAAAAACCAGUUUAUUUAUAUAAGGAAGUAUAGUACUAGAGAAAUGAAAGCAUAAUCCCUAUGUAUAUUAAAAUUUUCUUUUCCUUCUAUUAUAUGUUUAGAUUAAAAAGUAUAUGGUUUGCCCAA